AUGUGUGAGGCGACCGUGGAGCCCAACAUCUUCAGCUACAGCGCUGGAAUCAGCGCGUGCGAGAAGGGCGAGCAGUGGCAGCCGGCGCUGGCGCUGCUGAGCGAGAUGCGAGAGGCGAAGGUGUCGCCCGACGUCAUCUAUACCUACAGUGCUGGGAUCAGCGCGUGCGAGAAGGGCAAGAAGUGGCAGCUUGCUCUUGGGCUGCUCAGCGAGAUGUGUGAGGCGACCGUGGAGCCCAAUAUCUUCAGCUACAGCGCUGGAAUCAGCGCGUGCGAGAAGGGGCGAGCAAUGGCAGCCGGCGCUGGCGCUGCUGCGCGAGAUGCGGGAGGCGAAGGUGUCGCCCAACGUCAUUAG